CUAUUGGAGGAGGGACCUCUGCGGUUUGUCAUCCCUGCUCCAGCCCACGCUGGUGUUUGGAAUGCUCUAUCCGGCGUACUACUCCUACAAAGCUGUGAAGACAAAAAAUGUCAAGGAAUAUGUCCGCUGGAUGAUGUACUGGAUCGUCUUCGCCCUCUAUACUGUGAUUGAAACAGUGUCCGAUCAGACCCUUGCAUGGUUUCCCCUGUACUAUGAGCUGAAGAUUGCCUUUGUCAUUUGGCUGCUGUCCCCCUAUACCAGAGGGGCGAGUUUAAUAUACAGAAAGUUCCUUCAUCCUCUUCUCUCUUCAAAGGAAAGGGAAAUUGAUGACUAUAUUGUCCAAGCAAAGGAAAGAGGCUAUGAGACGAUGGUGAACUUCGGGCGGCAGGGUUUGAAUUUAGCGGCUGCAGCGGCUGUGACAGCAGCAGUGAAGAGCCAAGGAGCAAUAACGGAGCGCUUGCGGAGUUUCAGCAUGCAUGAUUUGACAGCCAUCCAAGGUGAUGAGCCUGUGGGACAGAGACCCUACCAGACUUUGCCAGAAGGAAAGAGGAGAAGCAAACAAGCCAGUGAACCAGCAGCCUACGGAAUUCCAGUGAAGGAUGGAGGUGAGCAAACAGACGAAGAGGCCGAGGGGCCGUUCUCGGAUGACGAGAUGGUGACUCACAAGGGGCUGCGGCGGUCCCAGAGCAUGAAGUCUGUCAAGACCAUCAAAGGCCGCAAAGAGGUGCGGUAUGGUUCGCUCAAAUAUAAAGUGAAGAAGAGACCACAGGUGUAUUUUUAGUGUCUACACCUCACCUAUCUCCAGACAAAUAACCCUAACAAAUCAACUUCAUAUUCUAACUCAAUGCAUUCAGGACUUACACUUUAAUUCUUCUGAUUGCAGCAAGGAUGGGAUUUACUUUAAUAAUUUUAAAGAGUUUGUGUUUCUUUAACAAUUACUUUUAGAUAUUAACUGCUAAAUGUAGUUAUGUAAGGUUUAUUGAUGUACAUGUCUAUAACAGCAGUUACAGAGAAUCACAUUAUCUGAUUUCAUCAGCAACACUGAGUGUCUGGGAUCUAAGGAUAAAACACAGACCCAGGGUAUACUUGAAAAGUCUCUCCUUCAGGAUACAACUUGCCUUUCUAGUGUUGCAUCAUGUUUACACCCACCCAUCCGUGCCGCCCGCAUCUGUCACAGGAGGGUGGUGACAGCCACUGAGCAGCCAGUGUCGUGACAAAGACAUAGUGUAAGGUGGUGACAUGUCCUUUACAUAAGCCUUGGAAUCGUUCCACCAUGAGUUCAAAGUCUUUGAAACAGAUGUUUGAAAACCAGAUGUCCACACAGCACUUUCCUGGCUGGUUUUGCACACUUGAAAAUUGUUUACUUAUUUUAUGACUGUACAUUUACUUUAAAUUUUAUUGAUGCUGUCUUUUUUGUUGUUGUCUUAUAUUCUGACAUGUCAAAAUUAUGCCUUCAAAUGCAUCAUCUCCUUUUCCUAUGUGUUUGUUUUAUUUGUUAAAUUCAUUUGAUUUAUACUAGAGACACAUAGCUAACACUCAUUAAUUUUUUUCUUUCUGAUUUUUGUCUUUUGAGAUAAGGUCUCUUGUAACCCAAGGGUGGCCUUAAACUCCUGUCCUAUUCUUGCUUCCACCACACAGUUGAUGGGAUAACAGGUGUGUAUUAUCACACCUGACUGAUUUUAACUGCUUUUUAAUUAGUUAUUAACAUGAACCAGUUUCUAUCGUUGAAUUUGAUGUGUUUUUAUCAGCAACAAUUAUAUUAUUUUAUGUUUUAAAAUGUAGAUUUUUGGAAGAGAGUCAAGACCAGUAUAUCACUUAGUGUUUUCUUCUUUCUUGCUUGCUUGCUUUCUUGCUUUCUGCUUUUUUUUUCUUUG